CUCAUUCGUCUGAUGUGAAAGCAACAGUGUAGUUUGUGUUUAGUUCAGUUUGGUCCCAGUUAAAAUGAUAUCUCUUAUUUGUGCAGUUAUUUUUACAUCAAAUUUCCUUCAAUAUCAGGCUACCGUCACCAUCGACUUCGAUGAAGAUUUAAGAGAGUGCGGAAAUGGGUUGCCAAUGCCAGAUAUGGAUAUGUCACAAUUUAGCAUUUUGCCUCAAGAUGAUGGAUCUCUGCUGUUGAAUGGAACGGUCACGAUUAACAAGAGUUACAAUGAUCCCACCAGGUGGAAAAUGUACACCGAACGCUUGGAACAGGGCAAAUGGAACCCCGGAAUAGUUUCGCGUGACAUCCCAAAUCUGUGUCCAGUGUUGAAAAUGCCUUCUGAACCAUGGUACCAGUACACCAAACAUUUGGAAAAUGUGAACUGUCCCAUCAAGGCGGGCUACGUAGAACGUUUGGACAACCUUAACAUCGGAAACAUGGCCGCCGUGUUUGACGUGCCGCCGCAGUUUAUCGGAGAGUGGAAAGUCUACCAUGAAAUUUCCACUAUUCGGAACGGAUUUCCCGCUCGGGAGUGCUUCAUGAUACCGACCACUAUUUCAGAAGUAUAGGUAGCAGAUGG